AUGUGGGAAUGUGACGUCCCAUGUCAGCGAACGGCCUUGAGACCACUGGACAAUUGUGUAACUGUCAGAAAUAGACUAAACUUACUAUCAGAUUUAAGCCCAGAGACUCUUUUAUGGCUGGCCAACAUAACUUUUGAACUGACCUACAACCCACCCGACCCCCGAGUGAUCCAGUUAAUCGAUGACGUCACGAACAACAACAGCGAAACUAAAGCGCUACUCUCACCAAUUUCCGGCUCUAGGGAAAAGUUAAAACACCCGGCACAUCCCUAUUCCGACCCGGAAGUACCGUCAUUACGAAGCCAAAGACUACAAAUGGGGAGAGGCCAGAUUAAUCCCGCGGUGGUCAACUACAAGAAAUUAUUUUCUUUUUCCGGGUCUCCUGAUCACAAAUUUUUUUCUGUUUUAUUUGGAUCAAAUGAAUAUAUUAAAUUGAAUUGA